AUGACCGGCAAGGAGAAUCGUUUAAUUGGAACCCGAACGUCGAACAGUUGGCGAAUUCAGAAGACGAUGACAUCUUGGAAGGUAAAACUGGUGGUCACAUGUUGUCACUUCUCAAUUUUCUGUAUGUUAUUGUUAAUGUAAUUUCAAAGACGGAAACAGUUAGUUAGUGUUACGUAAUACUGAUAGAGAAAGGUAAAAGUUCAAGAUGUUUCACGAGAAGAUCGCAGUUGUACACCCAUUUGGGAAACCGUGGACGGAUCACUGGGUUCGUUUUCCAUCAGAGGCAUUUGAUGAAUGUUUGAUCAGCCAGGGAAGACGCCUUAAACUACGUCACAUCAGUUUUCGUGUUCAAUAACAUCUCGUUUAAUUUGGGAAAAGACAUUUUCGCAAUUUCUAAAGUCCUGCGAUCGUACCCAGACAUUACUGUGAGUUCUCGGAUAAUAGCAAAUAGGGCUAACGUAUUCUUCAGCUUGCCGUAGUGCGUAAAUUGGAGAAUGAGUGGGCUGACUUUGAUAAUCGAGUUUAUUCUUGCUGCGUUAGCUGCAGCACACUCUUGUCGGAUGAUAAGAAAUGUCGGAAUGCGACUUGCCAACGGUUCAUGCUCAGUCAAUCUAAUUUAGCUGGCGUCAAAACGAUGAUCACCUUUUCCAUUCGCGAGCAAAUUCAAGAAUUACUGAACCACGGAGUUUUCGGUGCCUCGCUGCUGGUAAUGUGUGCUCAUAUUAGUUCUUCCCAAAAAUAUAUACACAGACUCGCGAAUCGGGCCAUUCACAACUUUCUCGGCGAACAUGUGACACUCCGAAGUAUAAGCGACAUUUGCGCCAUUAUAAAUCCGAGAACCCCGACAAGUUGACUUUGUUAUUGUCGUUAAAUAUCGACGGCUUCCGAAAGAAAGGAUGUUCUAGGUUUCUAGCGCCCCUCCUCAAAUAUUCUGAGGUCUUUUUCAUUCAGAGGCGAAAUCUUUCCGCUGUUCAUUGCGGCGCAUGAUGUUCACGAGGGAUGUGGGAGUUUCCGAGAGUACAAAGCGGAAUACGUGCUUCUUUCUGCCAUCAUGCACUCAUCCGAGAAACUUUCCUCUUCCGAUUUUUCAGCAAUUUUUGAAAGAUUGAGCUCGGAGAUGGCAUCCACCGAAUCGGAUCCUCUCGAAGUUUAAUUGAAUGGUAAAAUGUAUCCGGUUCAAUUGAAACUAUUCAAUUGUGUUCUCGAUUUGGACGUGAGUGUGUCCUCUCAAGCCAAAUCCACAAAUUGCUUGUCUGGCAGUCUUAUAACUCCUGCAGCAGAUGUGAUAUCGUUGGAUUCAAUAUUCAGACAAAGAAAGGACGAAAAAUCUGUUGGUUUCCUAAUGGUCCCGUCUCCAAUUAUGACGAAAGUAGUGUUGUCCCCAGUAAGCUUACUUCGCUCUUCGUUUGUAAUUCGGAAAAACUUAAAAUUGGCUAAAACUACUCUCCGUAUGAUUCAGGCGCAUACUCUACGUAUGAUUCAGGCGCAUUUUCCAUCCGUUGAGACCAAGUCUAUGGCAAAAAUGAAGGCAUCUAUCAAUUCGCUGUCAAGCAAUGUUGCAAAACACCACCAUGCGCAAAAACUGAAGAAGAGACGCCUCGAUGUGGCACAUGUGAUUCCACAGACCGCAGAGUUUCCGGCUCUGAAUUUGUCCAACUUGUACGAUCGCUGCGAACUGUUCGGCGACACAAAUGUGGUACAAUUGACUAUUAUCUAUCAGAAAUUGUUGAAAACUGUAAGAAAGCAUACCAUUUCACGCAUUUAAUGGUAUUGUUCAGGCAUUGCAACCGAAUCAUAUGAUCUGGCUGUACAGUCAUCGAUACCGAACAAACAAACAAGUCGAUGGAAACUUCCGGGCGCUCCCGGAUAUCGUCACAAACGGACUCAUCGGUGUGGCAGAAAGAUCUAUUCUAGGGAUAACUUUUCAUUGCUUUCAGAUUUUGGUCUUGACGCCAGCAAGGCAUAUCUUCCUGAAGAUUUACUUUUCGGUCCAUUCGACACCAACCACCCGUUCGUUCAAGCAUCUCAUAACGUACUUAUGUAUAUUGAAAGUUUUAGGUUCUUGGAAACCAUUCCCUUAGAAGACAGAGAACAAGAAGUGUGCAGAAGACGGGCGUACCGGGAGACAAUCAACCCCGAAGUUCAUUUUGCGAUUGCUCAAUCGCUGUAAGUAUUGCUUUUCUUUUGACUGCUCUAAUAAGAAAUUCAACAGGCGUAACCUUCGAACGCACCACCUCGAUGUCGAGUCAGGAGAACUUGUCCCAUGCACGGUGAGUACUUCCUUUCGAAUGGAAAAUUGUGAUGAUAGGUUUCAAGGAAGACUGAACUGCGUGGAUCACAUCCGUUGGGACGCGGCGAAACGCUAUCGCAAGAGCUGCAGGUUCAAACGAAUCAACGACGACAUUUCGGACGCGCACAUGCUGUGGGGAAAGUACGGCUGCGUGCAAUCAUUUCUUCAUAAGUUAAUAAUUUCAGACUGAGCGAAGAGUGCGUGGAGCAAAGAGAGGCAGAAUUUAAGGAAGAACUGGAUGCUGAGGGCCAAUCACCGAGCAAUGACUACAUUAAUCACAUAUUCCAGAACGGAGAAGAUUAA